AAGCUUUUGUCCUAAAUGAAAUCCUAAAUGAAUAUGCAUUUUUACAUGCAGAAGCCAAGCUCUGUGUGCAGUGAGAGUUGCCCUCUAGGCACUAGGAAGGCUGCACAAAAAGGAAGGCCUGUCUGCUGCUAUGACUGUAUCCCAUGUGCAGAGGGAGAAAUCAGCAAUGAGACAGAUUCAAUUAACUGCAAGCAGUGUCCCAGGGAAUACUGGUCUAAUGAGGAAAAAAAUAAUUGUGUGUCAAAGAAUUUAGAGUUUCUGUCAUUCACAGAAGUUAUGGGUAUAGUGCUUGUCUUUUUCUCACUGUUUGGAAUAGGAAUAACUGUGCUAGUGGCCAUCCUAUUUUACAGCAAGAAGGAUACCCCCAUCAUAAAAGCAAACAACUCAGAGCUGAGCUUCCUGUUGCUCUUCUCAUUGACUUUGUGUUUCCUCUGUUCACUUACUUUUAUUGGACGGCCUACUGAGUGGUCCUGUAUGUUGCGUCACACAGCAUUUGGGAUCACUUUUGUCCUCUGUAUCUCCUGUGUUCUGGGAAAAACAAUAGUAGUGUUAAUGGCUUUCAAGGCUACACUUCCAGGAAGUAAUGUCAUGAAAUGGUUUGGGCCUAAACAACAACGACUCAGUGUGUUUGUCUUUACUCUUGUACAGGUUCUUAUCUGUGUGCUUUGGGUAACAAUAUCUCCUCCAUUUCCCUACAGAAAUAUGAAAUAUUAUAAGGAAAAGAUAAUUCUUGAGUGUAAUCUGGGUUCUACUAUAGGUUUCUGGGCUGUGCUGGGUUAUAUUGGCCUACUUGCUGCCUUGUGCUUUAUUCUUUCUUUUCUGGCUCGUAAGCUGCCUGAUAACUUUAAUGAAGCCAAAUUCAUUACAUUCAGUAUGUUGAUAUUCUGUGCUGUAUGGAUAACAUUUAUUCCAGCUUAUGUCAGUUCUCCUGGAAAAUUUACUGUAGCUGUGGAGAUAUUUGCCAUUUUAGCUUCAAGCUUUGGUUUACUAUUCUGCAUAUUUGCACCUAAAUGUUAUAUCAUCCUGCUUAAACCUGAACAAAAUACAAAGCAAAAUAUUAUGGGGAAGACAACCUCUAAGUCCUACUGAAAAAUGGCAUUUGUAUACCACCUAUUUUUUCUUAAUUAUUUGUUCAAAUAUAAAUGGAAGU